AUGGAGGUUGAGGGAGCGGUGAAGGUGGAAGAUGUGGAUGAGGAGGUGCAUGUGCGGGAGAAGAUGGAGGCGCCGGCACAGGAGCUCGACCUCCUCGGCGCGCUCGGCUCGGAGCCGGAGGUGAAGGCCGUGGAGUCGGAGUCCGGCGGCGGCGGUGGUGGCGAGAAGAAGCUCUCGUUCAAGUGCAACUACUGCCAGCGUAAGUUCUACACCUCGCAGGCGCUGGGCGGCCACCAGAACGCGCACAAGCGCGAGCGCUCCCUCGCCAAGCGCGCCGCCGCUGCGGCGGGGAGCGGGCUGUACGGCGCCACCGCCGACCCCUUCGUGCCGCCGCACCACCUCCGGUUCCCGCACGCCUGGCCGUACUCCGCCGGCGGCAGGCCAUCGUUCCUCGGGCUCGGUCGGAGCUCCGCGGCGGCAUCGUUCUACGGCUUGCACCAUGGGUGGACCGUGCACGCGCACGCCGGCCUUCCGUCCAUGGCGGGGUUCGCCCGCCACGCCGGCGCUGACCACCCCGUCUACGCUCCUCACACCUACGGCUACGGCGCGUCGUCGAGGGCCCCAGCCCCGGCCGUCCUCGACUCCGGGAUGAUCGGGCUCCAGUGGGCCGGCGUCGUCGGCGGUGCCAAUGCCGACGACAACGGCGUCGCGGCGAAUGAAGUGCAGGCGCAGGAGGCGCAGAGUUUCAAGAUAGACCUGAACCUCAGGCUAUAG